AUGGAGACUGACCUCGUCCGUAUCUUGCAAGGCAUAGACUGGGAUAGCAUCCGCGAUGACUCUGAGGCGGCACCCGCCGCCCCCGCUCCUGCCAAGUCAUCACCAUUGCCGCUCAACGGUUCUAUGCUGCACACCGACGUGAACGUUGCGGCGACUGGCGAGACACUCAUGGAGGGGUGCGCCGCUCCGCCCGCCGCAGUGCCCGCACAGCACUUCCCGGCGAUGCAGAUGGCCCCACCGGGUGGUGCGUACUAUGUUAACGCGGCACCAUACCAGACACUAGGCAUGUCGUCUGGUCCAGGCCACGGUCAGGUACCAACACAGCCAAUGGUCUUUGCCCAGCCGAAUGGUCAAAUGGUAUAUAUGUCGAUGCCUUACUUUCAGCAGCCACCGUAUCAACAUAGUCCCCCACAGGAGCGUCUUUUUCCAGCAACACAGAACCCGUAUUAUCCCGCACCUUUUUUGCAACUCCAAGCCGACGGCCAAAUAAUGCCUCAAAUGCCCCAACAGCAACAGUUCCGUGGACCAGCAUCGCUUCAGACAAGAAACACAUCUGCAGGUAUGCAACAGAAGCAACAACAACAGCAUCAACAUCAGCAACAUCAACAGCAACAGCAACAACAGCAACAGCAACAUCAGCAGCAACAGCAACAGCAACAAGAAACCAACGAUAAUCAGAGUGGUUUCAUUUACCUUGUCCCAGGAAACCCAUUGCCACAAGGUGUACCAUUCUUUCCUCAUGGCGUGCGUCCAACUACCCAGUAUACAUCAGAGUGGACACGUGAGCGUAUGUCUGAGCCACCAGAAUACAAUAGCGCCGUCUGGCAGAUGCCUUCACAACUAACGGACUCCAAGAAGGGUACACCACGACAAUGGGAGAAACCGACAGGAGAAGUCGUUCCAUCUUGCCCUAUAUGCGGUCAGUCAAAUUUUAUUUCUGAGAACGUUCUUCGCUCUCACAUGCGCGCAAAGCAUGAAAACAGCGAGCCAACUCCUGCCACGGUGCAGACCGCAGACAACGUUUUGAAUACCACUCCUUCGGCCACCCCAGGGGAUGACGGUCACAAUCCGAAAGGUUAA